UCUGAGCCCUGACUGGCGGCAUCUGCCCUCUCAUAUCCCCCUGAGCUGCCCACACCCUAGAGAGGUGGAGCCUCCAUGUCCUUUUGCAUUUGACCUGGGUGAGGGACCAGUAGCACGGUGAGUCUCUUUGGCCCGAGGUGUCUGCUGCCCUCCAUGGCCCAAUGAUCCAGCAACCAAACCCUUCCUAACACCUGCUGGUCUGACAAGUAUCAGGUCGAAGCUAUCUAGAGGCCUGGUUACCCUUUCUGCGGUUUCUACUGACCACUAAGAAAAACAAAUAUUUCUAUCCUCAACCCUUUCCCUUUGGAUCCGAGACGAGGCGGUUGACGACACCAACCAUGGCUAAUAAACUGGGUCUGGCUGUGGGGGACGACACGACGUCCAUCAUGGCGCUAUUGGAGCGUGUGGCGGGCAUCAUUGACAACGUACAGACGUGUCAGACACGUAUGGAGGAGAGGCAGCUAGAAUUGGAGAACAGCGUCAAGACCAUCCAGGAGGACGUGGUGAAGCUGACGGUAAACCACGCCGCCACCAGCAGCACAGUGGACAAGCUGCUGGAGAAGACGCGGAAGGUCAGCUGCCACAUCAAGGACGUUCGGGUACGGGUGGAGAAUCAGAACAUCCGCGUCAAGAAGGUGGAAAUAACCCAGGAGGAACUGUUGGCCAAGAACAAGUUCCGGGUUGUUAUCUACCAGGGUGACAGUGAGGUGCCAGCUGUGGCAGCCGAAAAGGAACCCAAAGGACCCAGUCAACCCAAGGCACCCAAAGCGUCGGCGGCCGAAGUGGAGCCAGACCACUUUGAGCUCCCCCCUGAGUCUGAUGAGGAGUACAUGGUGGUGGAGGAAGCCUCGUCCACGGCCGCCACGAUUAAGAAAUCAGGCCUGAGCCGCAUCGAGAGCUUCAAAUCUACCUUCUCCCGUGCGAACAUGACCAAGACGAAAGAGAACAUGAACAGCAAGGUUGGGCAGAUGGGUGAGCGCAUCGUAUCAACUGAGCGCCGGGAGAAGAUCCGCCAGUCCGGCGAGAGGCUCAAGCAGUCCGGCUCGCGGCUCAAGGAAUCUAUUGCCAGCCAUGUGCCAGCCAAACUGAAGAAGGAGAGGACUGUGGCGGAAGGCCAGGAGGGGGCCGAGGGGGUCACUGAGGGUGCCGCACCCAUCCCACCUCCCAAGGGACGCAAAUCUGCAAGCCCUGACCUCGCCUACACGGAGGUGACCAAGGAGGCUGAGGAUGGAGAGGAUGAGGUACCGAUAAAUGAUAUCAAGCAGCUCUCCUAAAACAGCGGUCAAGGAAACUGAAAAACAACAACAUACAUGUUAUUUUUCCUUAUUUUUUUUGGGAUUGGCCUGUGACCCAUAGUCCCAGUAGUCCCGGUCCCAGAAACAGGUCAGUUAGGGUGUCAACACGAUGACUUUAUAUAAUCCACACACUCCUGUAACAUUUGAAAGUCAUCUUUGUUUAGGGAAUUCAAGGAUUUAUAUAGAACAAGUAUAUAUAUAUUUUUUUUUUUCAUUUUUUCCUGUUUACAUUAGACAUGGACUUUCAAGUGUGCAAAACAAAUUAACUGAAAAGAAU